AUUCACAGCAGCCCAGCGACACCUCCUGUAACCUAGUUCUGCAGUUCAUUGUUUUGUCACAACAGCUAACUGUCGGUUCAUUUUUUUUUUCUCUUCCUCUCUCGUCCCACACACACUCUCCGCCGUUGGAACAACUAUCUGAAUCCGUUAUAAAGUCCUUAGAGAGACAGAGAAUGGAAACAAAAAAGAGUCAACCUGACAACCUACCAUCACCUGCUCCUCCAGCCCCAGUGGUGACUUCUUGCAGGAAGAAAAAGAAUGAGGAGGCCACCUUCCUUGAAGACUUGAAGGAUCACAUGGAUGAGUUCAUUCAUGCAUCAAUGGAUGAGCACAAAACUUGCUUUAAGAAGACCAUCCAAAAGAUGUUUGGAAUGUCAAAAGUUGUAGCAGAAAGGAAUGCUAAAUCAAAGGAAGUUGAAAGUGUUCUGCCCCUUCGAACUACACUGUCAAAAUAGAGUAUCUUCCUUCCUCUUUAAUAACGUGAUAUUUUGUACUAGAUCUAUAUGAGUUAGCAAUAAAUUGUUAAAUCAUGUUACCAUGCUUUCAGUUUGAUUAGUUUAUACCUUACUUAAACAAGUCUUGUACUUUAUAUUUUACAUUGGGAUUAAGAUAAAAUAAUUUGAUUGAUUCUAUGA